CCCACGCCCUCCUCCCGCCAGCCCGGCAGCCAGCGCAGCGCCCGGCCUCGCUCCCCGUGCGUCCUGCGGGGGAGGAGGCGCGGAGAGGCGGCAAGCGCAGCCGGGGAGGUGGGGGCAGAGGCACACAGAGGCGCGGAGGCUCGGAGAGAGGAGACGUGGAGGGAGGGACGGAGCCCGGACAGCGGUGGACCGGGGACGCGCGCAGCAGGCAAAGCGCAGCGCGCAGCAGGCGCCGGGAACGGAGAGGGGAGGCACGGGUGAUCUCUGGCCGUCCAUGCACAGAGUGCCCUCUCCCACAGCGGAGCAGCCACCUGGCAGAGGAGAUAACACUCGCCGGACCCCUCAGCCCAGACUCAAACUUGCUCAGUGGGCAUGACCUGGCAGGUGAGCCCCCUGCAAAGAAUGUCCCUAAGCGCCAGGGGAAGCUCCAGACCUUCAUCUGACAACAGUGCGAGGGGUGGGGGCGCUUAGCUGGCUCAGUGUGUCACUAGAAGGUAGCGCACCAUCCCUAGGUUCUAGAGAAAGUGGUUCAUUUGGGUUAAGGGAGCAUCUUUGGGGCUUGAGGGGGGGUGUGCUUCAGGCGUCCCUUUUCAUUAACCGACCACAGCGAAGGGAGGGGUAGUUUCGUGUGCAGCCCCUUCCUCAAGAGGCCUUCAACUGCUUCCGCACUGCCUUUAGAAGAUUAGUGUGGAAAAUAAGGGAGACAAGAGUAGGCGGGAGCCCUCAGGCGGUUUUCGCCCACAGACGCUGCCACUGUAGGAGUGUGUGGGAAGGAACGGCCCCAGAGCAGAACAAUUGAGGCUUCCCUCCCCCAUUGCCUGAGAAGAGAGGGGCUUGCUGAAUAGUGGGAAGGGCGGCACAAAAGGAGGGAAGGAAGCAACUGAAGGGUACUGGACAGCCUGGAAAGUUGGGGCAGAUACUAGAAGGGUGCAGUAACUUCCAAUCGCAGUAAACUGAGGCAGAGGAGCACGGGUCCAUUAGGUUCACUGAAAAGCCAAGGAAGAGGCCACACCCCUCCCUCUCAGCUACCUGGACAAGGAGUAGCCCCGGUUUCCUAAGUUAACUUUAAUGUGGGAUGUUACGUUAAGUAAUGCUGAGCCUGCUGAGUUUUUAGGGGGAGAGUAAGGGCUAUAAUUUGGGUGAAAGUGGGUCUAGUCAUUUCAGAGAAGUGCUAGUGGGCCUCAGUGUUCAGGAUUGUGCUGCCUCUCCCCCACCAGAAAGAUCAAGAAAAAAGAUGAGGUAAGGGUUUCCCCGAUGGCUGUAGAUAGGGCACUGGCUUUUGGUACUUCUGGCUAGUCUGGGACCUCACGGGCAUGGUUAUGCCUCUGAGCCAUGCUCAGUUCCCAAAGUGCUCAGCCUUGGCCACUGGGCAGAGAAAGCAUUCAAAAGAGAGAAGGGACAAGGAGGAGGCAGAAAAGAGAGGACAAUUGUUGGUGUGGGUUGGUACCCAGCAGGGGCUCUUGUACUCACUGCCUCUCUCCUGCCCUUCCUUCUCAGGGCAAGUGCCCCAACCAUGGCACUGCCUCGAACACUGGGUGAGCUGCAGCUGUAUCGGGUCCUGCAGCGUGCCAAUCUCCUUUCCUACUACGAGACCUUCAUCCAGCAGGGAGGGGACGAUGUGCAGCAGCUGUGUGAAGCGGGUGAGGAGGAGUUCCUGGAAAUCAUGGCGCUUGUGGGCAUGGCCACCAAACCACUCCAUGUCCGACGUCUACAGAAGGCUCUGAGAGAAUGGGCCACCAACCCAGGGCUCUUCAGCCAGCCAGUGCCUGCCGUACCUGUCUCCAGCAUCCCACUUUUCAAGAUCUCUGAGACAGCGGGUACCCGGAAAGGGAGCAUGAGCAAUGGGCAUGGCAGCCCAGGCGAAAAGGCAGGCAGUGCCCGAAGUUUCAGCCCCAAGAGUCCCCUUGAACUUGGAGAGAAGCUGUCGCCACUUCCUGGAGGACCUGGGGCAGGGGAUCCCCGGAUCUGGCCAGGCCAGAGCACUCCAGAAUCCGAUGUUGGAGCAGGAGGAGAAGAGGAGGCUGGGUCACCCCCUUUCUCCCCACCUGCAGGGGGAGGAGUCCCUGAGGGGACUGGGGCUGGGGGGAUGGCAGCAGGUGGGACUGGAGGUGGCCCAGAUCGCCUGGAACCAGAGAUGGUGCGGAUGGUGGUGGAGACUGUGGAGCGGAUCUUCCGGAGUUUCCCCAGGGGUGAUGCUGGAGAGGUCACAUCCCUGCUGAAGCUCAAUAAGAAGCUGGCACGGAGUGUGGGCCACAUCUUUGAGAUGGAUGACAAUGACAGCCAGAAAGAAGAAGAAAUCCGAAAGUACAGCAUCAUCUAUGGCCGCUUGGAUUCCAAACGGCGGGAGGGCAAGCAACUCAGCUUGCAUGAGCUUACCAUCAAUGAGGCUGCUGCCCAGUUCUGCAUGAGAGACAACACACUUUUACUUCGAAGGGUGGAACUCUUCUCGCUGUCCCGCCAAGUAGCCCGAGAGAGCACCUAUCUUUCCUCCUUGAAGGGAUCCAGGCUUCACUCUGAAGAAUUAGGAGGCCCGCCACUGAAGAAACUGAAACAAGAGGUUGGGGAACAGAGUCAUACUGAAAUCCAGCAGCCUCCCCCAGGCCCCGAGUCCUAUGCACCCCCAUACCGCCCCAGCCUAGAGGAAGACAGCGCCAGUCUGUCUGGGGAGAGCCUAGAUGGCCACUUGCAGGCUGUGGGGUCGUGCCCAAGGCUGACGCCGCCCCCUGCUGACCUGCCCCUGGCAUUGCCAGCGCAUGGGCUAUGGAGCCGCCACAUCCUGCAGCAGACACUGAUGGAUGAGGGGCUGCGGCUCGCCCGCCUCGUCUCCCAUGAUCGCGUGGGCCGCCUCAGCCCCUGUGUGCCUGCAAAGCCGCCUCUCGCAGAAUUCGAGGAAGGUUUGCUGGACCGCUGCCCAGCCCCGGGACCUCAUCCCGCUCUGGUGGAGGGUCGCAGGAGCAGCGUAAAAGUGGAGGCGGAGGCCAGCCGGCAGUGAAAGUGGGGAUGUCUCAGACCCAGGACCCCAGGCUUCUGGCUCACUUAGACCCCCCACAUUGUCCAUCCUCGAACUCCACUCACCGCCCUAGAAGGAUCCUUCUGCUGCCCUUCUGCCCCAUGGGCACAGGACUAUGGGGCUUCAAGCAAUAACAAGCAGGGGCCUGGCCAGAGGACACUAGGAGGGUGCAAGGUGCGCCCUCACCCGGCUCAGGGGCACGGACUUUGCCUCCAGCCUGCUGGGGCUUUUCCUUCCCUCACCACACACACCCAUUCUCCAGGUGGCCGCCAGUGGAAUGAGCAGCUGGACUCAGCUUGGACGUGGGGAAAGAACUUCCUGGGAAGGUCUAGCAACCGGAAACGGCACCGUUUGCCGGGAGACUUGGGGCCUGGGAAAGCUGGGUCUCCCCUCUCUCCCCAUUUUUUGUGCUUCUAGUUUGUUUCUUUAAUUUAACAAGUGCUGCGGUUUGCCCACCCCCCCCAACCCCCGUUAUCGC